AUGAAAAUCUUCGGCCUCCUCGUCGUCAUGGCUGCCGCCUUUGCCGUGGCUUACCCAAUUGCCACAUCCGCCCAACUUUCAUGGUACCCGAUCGGGGAUCCCAUGAACGAGCCACACGUCCAGGAGCUCGGCGCGUGGGCGGUGGCGGAGCACGUUAAGCAGGUGCAUGACGGGAUCAAGUUCAGCAAGGUGGUGAGCGGCGAGGAGCAGUCUGACGCCGGCGUGAAAUAUCACCUCAUCAUCGAAGCGCUGAACAGCGGCGGCGAGCAGGGAAGAUAUGAAGCGAUUUUAAUCGAGGAGGUCAGGAGCUACACACGCACCCUCAUCUCCUUUAGCCCUGCUAAGUAA